GGUGGCCCUGUGGGGCUCGGGCCACCCAAGGAGCCCCUCUCCACCCUCUCCUGAAGGUCUUUUUCGGUCUAGUGAUUGAGUGGGGGUCGAACUCGACAGGACAACUCGCACUAGCGUGCUCGACGUUGCGCACAUAUCAACGUUACCUCUGUACUCGAAGCUAUCGUCUCUGCUAAAAUCGCUGUUGUUCACUCGAUAGAGGAGUCCAGUAAACGCAUGAUCGAAACGAAGUGCUUCCAAGAAUUGAAUGUGUUUUUCGAGGAAGACGGCAGCUUGGUGCCGAUAGUGCUGGAUUUUUUGUGCCUUCAAUCGUCUUUCCGUGAGGAUGUGCAAAUAACUAUAAGGCCAACGUCAGCAUCCAAAGGAGGCAAAGGCCCUCCGAAAGAAGCGCGCUCGUGGCAUCAGUGGUUCUUCCAUCAAAAAAGAUGGUGGUCGUUUCGAUAUGGUAACGAGUUUGUCAAACCCACGAAUUACGUUUUCCUAUUUCAAGUUUUCGAAAAGUGA